AUGUCUUCCCAGCCAACUCAAAUCGUCCUCCCUGACCUCCUGGCCAUGUGCCCUCUGAAGGGAUACACGAACCCUCACUACAAAGAAGCAGCCGCAGAAUCUGUCGCGUGGAUCGACAGCUACAACGUCUUCACUGACAGGAAGCGUGCCUUCUUCGUCCAAGGUUGCAACGAGCUCCUUGUCUCCCACACAUUCCCAUACGCACCCUACGAGCAAUUCAGAACAUGCUGCGACUUGGUCAACCUACUAUUUGUCAUCGACGAAGUGAGCGACGACCAGAGCGGGAAGGAUGCCCGUGCAACAGGCCAGGUAUUCCUCAACGCUCUUGGCGACCCAGAAUGGAACGAUGGUUCUUUACUGUCCAGAAUCACAAAAGACUUUAGGGCCAGGUAUUUCCGCCUCGCCGGACCAAAUUCUUCUCGUCGCUUCUUGAAGCACUGCGAGGACUAUAUCAACGCAGUGUCCACUGAGGCUGAGCUCCGUGAAAGGGGCGAAGUCCUGGACAUCGAGCCCUUCACUGCUCUUCGUCGCGAAAACAGCGCGAUUCGCCUCUGCUUCGGUCUCUUCGAAUACGCACUUGGCAUCGAUCUGCCCGAUGAAAUAUUCCAAGACAAGACAUUCCAGGAUAUGUACUUUGCCGCCGUCGACAUGGUUAGCUGGAGCAACGAUGUAUACUCCUAUAACAUGGAGCAAGCCAAAGGACACAGCGGAAACAACAUCGUCACCGUCCUCAUGAAAUCCAAGGGAAUGGGAAUUCAAGAAGCUGUGGACCACGUUGGCGUUCACUUCCAACAAAUUAUGGACAUAUAUAUGGAAUCAAAGUCGCGUCUACCAUCAUGGGGGCCUGAAGUUGAUGUUAACAUCGCCCGCUACGUCGAGGCACUUGGCCACUGGGCAAAAGGAAACCUUGACUGGAGUUUCGAAACUCAACGUUACUUCGGUGCUGAGCAUCUCGAGGUGAUGGCAACCAGAGUCGUGACUCUAAGGCCCCACGGCUCGCCCGAGGAUUUCGACGAAUAG